AUGGUCUGCAGUCCAAUACACAGCGAGUUGGAACGCUUGGAGGUGGAGCUGACGUUGGAUGAUGUCUUCGCGUUGUUGGCUCGACUCUCAGUGGAACCUAGCCUGAGACAGAGGAUCAUUGUUGCCCAAAAGGAAGACCCUAGCUUGGCCAAAGGCUUUAGUAUGGUGGGCCAUGGUGAUUUCACUCUCUCGGGUGAGACAGCUUUGCUUUUUCGCGGAAGGUUGUGUGUGCCAAAAGAUUAUUCUUUGAGGAAUGACUUACUGGGAGAGGCACACAAUACUCCCUACUCGGUAAAGGCUUCAAGACAGAGACCUGCUGGAUUGCUGCAACCUUUGAGCAUACCAGUUUGGAAGUGGGACGAUGUGGCUAUGGACUUCAUUACAGGACUACCAAUGAUGGUUAAGGGAUUCACUGUGAUUUGGGUAGUGGUAGAUCGUUUAACCAAGUCUGCUCACUUUAUUCCCGGCAAUGCCACGUAUAUAGUAGAAAAAUGGGCGGAACUCUAUUUAUAG